AUUAUUCUGUCAAGCACCGCCGCCAACAACAACAACAUUGCGUCAGGAAGCUCCAGACGUUUCUAGAAAUUAAACGUUCCAGAAGGAGACGUUUCCAGAGCCUGCCUGAGUCAUGGCCAGCCCGGAGAGUGACAAGCAGGUGACCGUCGUGAGGAACGCGACGGACCUACAGCGACUCAAGUUAGAAAAGUUGAUGAAGAACCCAGACAAACUCGCCUUCAUCCCGGACCGCCCAAAAGACAAGAAAUUUUCUGACCCGGCUGAAUUCGUGCGUAAUGUCAUGGGAUCGAGUGCGGGCGCCGGCAGCGGAGAAUUCCACGUGUACCGCCACAUACGCCGAAGGGAGUACGCUCGCCAAGAAUUUCUGCAGAACUGCAAAGAGAAGGAUGAUCAGGACGUAGCGUACCACAGGAGGCUGGAGGAGAACAGGAGGGCCGUGGAGGAGAAGGCGGCCAAGAACAGAGCAAAGAGGCAAAGACAGAAGGAACGACAGAAAGCGAAGAGGCAAAAAAAAUCAAAGAACUCCAGUAAAGCUCCAGAGAGUUCACCUUCCGAGAGCAGCGAGGAGGAGGAAGAGGAGGAAGAGGAACGUAAGGGAAGUGAAGGGGAGAAAAACAAAGAGACCGAGACCAAGGGGAGAGGAAACAAGCUGACAGAGGAGCAAACUGAACCCGAGAGAAUGGUGACGCAGAGUAAAAGUGCUUCUGGAGACUGACAAUAAACUGGUUAACGGAAAGAAAAA